CAUAAUGGCUGCCCAAGCAGACAACACUUUGUCAUUGUCAGAAAAAAAUAAGAAAAGAGGUUGCAACUUUAGUGCAUAUGAGAGGGAAAUUCUCAUAACUGAAUAUGAAAAAGUAAAGGACAAAUUAAAUAACGCAAAGGUAUCACAAGAUGCGAAACAAAAGAUGUGGGAUUGUAUUGGAAGUGCUGUUUCACUUGCUGGAGUUGGGAUAAGAACAGGAAAAGAUGUGAGAAACAAAUUUCACAACUUGAACCGGGUUGCAAAGUCAACAGAAAUGCAACAAAGAAAGCAUUUGAAGGAAACAGGGGGUGGACCACCAUCUGAAAAACCGCCCGAGGAGGUGCUCCGCCUUAUUAACAUCAAUAAGGCAGACCCAGGCUUCAGUGGGAUUCGUGGUGGGCUAGAAACCACAAUUGCAGCAGAGAAGGAAUUAAAGGUCGAUGAGCUGCCAAAUGGUGAUGUGGUUAUUCAAGUCAUACCAGAAUCAGAUUCAGAAGCAGAGAGACGUGCAGUGUUCGAUUUGGACACGAUAGAAUUAGACAGAGGAAGCCAGUCCACCGGCAAGGAAUUCCAAAGUAGAAUGCAAUCCUCGAGUAAUCAGCAAGUGAAAAAAAUGAAAACAUCUCUGCAGGAAAAGGUGCAGACAGCUCAACUGGAAUGGUUCGAAGGACAAAAUAAAAAAGUUGAGCUGGAGAUGGAGCUUUUGAGGGAAAAGAUCGCAACGUCUAGGGAGAAAAGGAAGCUGUUUAAAGCUUUGCAGAUAGAGUUGAAGGGGAAGGAUGACAUGGACAUAAUUCCAUUAGUUUGUGACGAAUAGGGUAAGUGGAUCAGUUAACAGAAAUGCAUAGAACACGUAACAUAAACUUUACUUUGUUACAUCAAAACAACAACAUAGCACCAGCUGCAUGCUUCCUUCCAAUAGGAAAUGUUCCUAUCCAAAAUAGGCCUGCGCAAUAUGGUCACGGAUGGCAAAUCCAUUUUCACCACCAACAUAGGGUAUAACAGCCAAAACGAGUUAAGUCAUACAAUUUUUGCCAAAAAUUGUCCCAUGAUAUUUACAUAUUGCAAUUACAUCUUUACUUGUUAUGUUAUUUCUGUAACAUGU